CCCCGGGUCAGCCUGGUUCAAUGUCAUUGUAAUAUUUAUAUAGAACCUACUCAUUAGCAUAAUUUAUAGUUAGGUAUCCUCUCUCGGCAUAAAUUAAUGUUAUUAUUUGCAAAUCUAUAAAAUUGAAGAAUUGGACAAGUUGACGUGACAAGAAAAAUCUACAGAUUGAUUGCUUUUGGAGAAUUUCUUCAGGAGCUGUGCUCGGAAUGCAGAUUGAAUGGAUUACUAUUAACCACCUGCCUGGACUAUCAGUGUGAUGAUCAGUGUGAUGAGGUAAAAGAACUCAAAGUAGAGAGAAAAAAAAACUGCACCGAAAUCUGUGACUGCAAAUCUCAACCAGGGGGAAAAAAUACCCCAAAAGUUGCAAACAAUAAAAAGAUUAUUUGUGUGGUGGAGAAUUCUUGUUAAAGUGGCUCCAGUCGUGGACUAUCCUCCCGGGGGAUCCUUCGGUUACCGUGACAACAUGGAUGGGGAUUCAAAUGAUGAGGGGACGGUAACAGAAUCCCUGAAUGGCGAGACAAAACCGGACCCCGCUAAGCUGGCGCAGACGGCCAUCAUUAAACAGGAUGUUAUGCUCUCUGCGACCAGCACUCAGUCGCCAUUGGCAACUGUUUCCAGUGUGUUCACCAUGCCCAACAUCUCCAUGCCGACUGUAUCCCUGGCCAACAGUGGGGGCCUCGGGGGGCUGACUGACCACCUGUUUAUGUCUCACAUACCAGCUGACCCUCCAAAUGCCCACAGCAACUCAGUCACAGACAGUCACACAGACAAAACUGGUUUGGGGUCAUUAGCCAGCCCCUCACAAUUGUUUGGUCAGCCCCAGGUGGCAGCACCACAGUUCUUCCUCACAGGUAACGGUGCUCAGCAGUUUAUCAGUAUUCCGGUAUCCUUGGGAACGGGUGGAAAUCAUCAGAUACAGCUGCUAACCACAUCCAAUGGGCAAAUCAUCGCCACGAACCUCGGGGGAAUUCCCGGACUAACUCAACCACUCAACCUAAACCUCAACUCGGGAUCAAACCAAGCACAGAACAAUGGCUCAAGCAGUAGUACCUCUGGCCUAGGUCUGUCCAACCUUCCCCAACUGCUGACCGCUGCUGGGGCCCAGGGUCAGAUCCUGGCUGUGGGUCCUCAGGUCCUAAACCAGCUAUCUCUUACCCAUAAUUCCAACUCUAGCUCUUCCUCCCAGAAUUCCCAGUCACUCACCAAUGGCCAUCUCACUCAGUCCUCCAGCCAACCCACUGCUGCCCAAUCGGCUGUGCAAUCUGCCGUCCAGUCAGCCAUCCGGAAUGCCCAAUCAGCCAAAAUCAGCAACCAGUCAUCCGUGACAUCAUUGUCGGAGGGUCUUCCCCCUAGCGUGAGUCAGCUGCUUCCGAACACUGUUGGUAACUCCACAGAGAGUACAACGGUUGACGGAAUCAACUUGGAUGAAAUAAAAGAAUUUGCCAAACAGUUCAAGAUUCGUCGAUUGUCACUCGGUCUCACACAGACACAAGUGGGGCAGGCCCUCAGUGCAACAGAGGGACCAGCCUACAGUCAAUCGGCCAUCUGCAGAUUCGAGAAGCUAGACAUCACUCCGAAGAGUGCUCAGAAGAUUAAGCCGGUCCUAGAACGAUGGAUGCAGGAGGCCGAAGAAAGAUACAAGAAUGGCAUUCAGAAUCUAACAGAUUUUAUCGGAAGCGAGCCGUCAAAGAAACGGAAGCGACGGACGUCAUUCACACCGCAGGCCCUGGAGGUCCUAAACAAUUUCUUUGAGAGGAAUACACAUCCAUCAGGAGCUGAGAUCACAGAACUGUCAGACAAACUGAACUAUGACAGAUCUAUAAAACCUGGUACUCAUUUUUCAGGAGCUGAGAUGACAGAAUUGUCAGACAAACUGAACUAUGACAGGGAGGUGAUACGUGUGUGGUUCUGUAACAAAAGACAGGCGCUGAAGAACACCAUCAAAAAGCUCAAACAAGAGACACCAUAACCUAGUGCAUAGAGAGGUCAAACAGAAGGCCCCAUAUAACAUCAAAAUAGUCAAACAGAAGGCCCCAUAUAACAUCAAAAAAGGUCAAACAGGAGGCUCCAUAUAGCAUCAGAAAGCUGAAACAAGAAGGCCCUUGCAGCGUCAAAAAGUUGAACAGGAGGCCCCAUAUAUCAUCAAAAAAGUCAAACAGGAGACCCCAUAUAACAUCAAAAAAGUCAAACAGAAGACCCCAUAUAACAUCAUCAAAAAAGUCAAACAGAAGACCCCAUAUAACAUCAAAAAGAGUAAAAAAAGGAACAAAAACACAAAACAGGAAGUUAGUAUUGCCCCAUAGAACACCAUUGGAAAACUAAAAAAACAAGGCCCCAUAGGACCUCAAAAGCCUAAAAAGAAAAAGUAUGGCUCUUAGUUUCUUACAACAAUGACAUAGACCUGGAAAACCAUCUUCCACCCUCAUAACAUGUGGUAGAAUUUCAGACGAAGACGGAAAUCUUAGUACUCAUCAUUGUUGUCUCACAGAUUCAUUUCAUCGUUUUUGAGACACAUAAUAUUUGUGUCGAUGUCAUGAAGUAUGAGGCAGAUAAAGGGCUUUAACAAUGUAUUUGGGUAUUUCCGUGUAGGCUUUAACAAUGUAUUUGGGGAUUUCCGUGUAGGGUUUUAACAUUGUAUUGGGGUACUUCCCUGUAUGACUCUGAUAUUGUAUUGAGGUACUUCCCUGUAUGACUUUAUUAUUGUAUUGGGGUACUUCCCUGUAUGACUUUAUUAUUGUAUUGGGGUACUUCCCUGUAUGACUUUAAUAUUGUAUUGGGGUACUUCCCUGUAUGAUUUUAAUAUUGUAUUGAGGUACUUCCCUGUAUGACUUUAAUAUUGUAUUGGGGUACUUCCCUGUAUGACUUUAAUAUUGUAUUGAGGUACUUCCCUGUAUGACUUUAAUAUUGUAUUGGGGUACUUCCCUGUAUGACUUUAAUAUUGUAUUGGGGUACUGCCCUGUAUGACUUUAAUAUUGUAUUGAGGUACUUCCCUGUGAAAUGACACUAGAAGUAGUACAAGAGAAUUCUAAUGACAUAAUCCUGUGCAUUUUUUUAGUUUGUGGAGUGAUUUUGUAAAAACUUUUUUAUUUUGCCUGUAGCAUUCGAUGCUAUAACCACAAGAUGUGCAAUAUUAUACAAAAAACUUAUUUAUAUAUACAUGUUUACUUCUUUUUUUAAAUAAAUGUGCUUUUUUAAGGAGAACUUUUUUGAAGAAAACUGUUUAUUUGUUGUUUUUUUAUGUAUAUGAAUGUGUUACAUAUUAUUAGCUGUCAGAGUGGUUCAGUGUAGAGAUAGACAAAAAAAAUGUAGUACGACAACCUUCUCUUUUGAAAAUUUACCUUUGUGUUACGCAAUUUUUGUACUAUUGAAAAUUUACCCUCGUGUUAAGCAAUUUUUGUACUAUUGAAAAUUUACCCUCGUGUUACGCAGUUUUUGUACCAUUGAAAAUUUACCCUCACAGCAAGACAUUUUCAUUGAUUAAAAAUUUGCAUUCACUGUCUGACAGUUGACUUUGAAUUCCUUGUUUUGAAACCAGCCAUGCAGAACAGUUGGGGUAAAUAAUAUUUUUUAUCUGUGAAAUCAAUUAUGCUCAUUAACAAAAUUUUCUGUAUUUCUUGAGAUAAAUUGCACAUAUUGUAAGGCCUAAAAAAUAUUAAUUAGUAGUUUCUCAGGCCAAAAAUUUCAAAUUUUGAUGCUUUUUUUUUUUUUUUACCUGUUAUCUUUCUUUUUUUGUUGUGGACUGUAGAAUGAGGAUGACAUACCUUUUUUGUCAUAUAUAAAAAAAUUGCUUCACACAUUAUUUACUAUUAAAUGUACUCUAGUAUUCUUAACCACUUGCACAUAAUUGAAUUUGAAAAGAUGCUUAAAAUCUUGUAAAAACCUUGUAAAAGUUUCACAUAAGUAUCUAUCACUUAAAGAGUUACCUUAUUUACAUAAAUAGAUAGAUAAAUAUAGAUUGGAAAAAAAUAUCCAUGUGGUUCCUUUUCAGCAGACAUGACAGGGCCUGAGAAACUAUUAACUAAAAUCUUUUUGGCCUAAACAGGUUUAAACUGCCCAUUGCAUAUUUUCAUGUUUAUAUUUAUUAUCACAAUUUUAGGCUGUUCUACAACAAUAUCAUGUCUGCUCGGCUUUCUUGUCUAAAUCAGUUUUCCCAGUUUUAUUUUUGCGGUUUUUAUGUCUACUCUACAUUACUAGAUUUUAUUUUCCACUACAGUAUUUAUUUCAAGAUAGAGGCUUGCAGUAGAUGAUGACUAGAUUUUAUUUUCCACUACAGUAUUUUAUGUAAAAGGGACAACAUCCACAUUAAGGUUGUGUACAGAUAAACUAUGAAUAAAUAAUUGUUUGGGUUGUAAAUUCAAAUGUAUAGCUUUUGAAAUGAAACCAGCAAACUGAGCCUUCAUGAAUAAUCAUGAAUUUGGCAUUCAUGGAUUAGAAUAUGUAUGUGUAAAUUAUUAAACCUGUGUGUUCAGUCAAAUGUCUUAUGAAUAUAGCUGCAUGUUAUAUUUAUUCAUUGUCAUGUUUUAAUGAACUUCAUUGUAUAUGUUUACAAACACUCAUUCAUGAUUAGCCACUUAUUUAUUUUCUAAUAUGAAUGUAUAUAUCAUGAAUAUUGAUGGAUUCAUAUGAAUAUUCAUGUUUGUUGUAAAAGAUAGGUAGUGUCUGAGUUUAUGUUCUGUUAAGUCUAUAAUCCUGAAUUUGUCUUUCUAUGGAAAACCAUAAGUGUAAUAUUGUAAUGAGAAUAAUCAUUUAACUAGCCAUCUCUGUGUAAUGACAUCUCCCUGUACAGGUCAACAAUAACUAAUAUCACUUCUUUCUGUGUAAUAACAUCUCCCUGUACAAGUCAACAAUACCCAACAUCACCUCUCCUCUCUGUGUAAUAACAUCUCCCUGUACAAGUCAACAAUUCCCAAUAUCACCCUCCACUCUGUAAUAACAUCUCCCUGUACAAGUCAACAAUACCCAACAUCACCUCUCCUCUCUGUGUAAUAACAUCUCCCUGUACAGGUCAACAAUACCCAACAUCACCUCUCCUCUGUGUAAUAACAUCUCCCUGUACAGGUCAACAAUACCCAACAUCACCUCUCCUCUCUGUGUAAUAACAUCUCCCUGUACAAGUCAACAAUUCCCAAUAUCACCCUCCACUCUGUAAUAACAUCUCCCUGUACAAGUCAACAAUACCCAACAUCACCUCUCCUCUCUGUGUAAUAACAUCUCCCUGUACAAGUCAACAAUUCCCAAUAUCACCCUCCACUCUGUAAUAACAUCUCCCUGUACAAGUCAACAAUUUCCAAUAUCACCCUCCACUCUGUGUAAUAACAUCUCCCUGUACAAGUCAACAAUUCCCAAUAUCACCCUCCACUCUGUAAUAACAUCUCCCUGUACAGGUCAACAAUACCCAACAUCACCUCUCCUCUCUGUGUAAUAACAUCUCCCUGUACAGGUCAACAAUACCCAACAUCACCUCUCCUCUCUGUGUAAUAACAUCUCCCUGUACAGGUCAACAAUUCCCAAUAUCACCCUCCACUCUGUGUAAUAACAUCUCCUUGUACAGGUCAACAAUACCCAGUAUCACCUCUCCACUCUAUAAUGACAUGUCCCCCUUUUCUGAUGUUUGGUAAGUGUUAAUUACGUGAUUUCUCCAUUAGUCACCAGACAAUGCUUGGUGUGUAUAAUUGAAAUAAGGUCUACAUGUAAAUCCGAACCCUUUCCUCAGUGGAGGGUGAAGACGACUCUUUAUUUGACAAUAAGAUAUAAAGUCUACAAACAGUUGUGAAUGCUAGGUUGUAAAACGCACAAAUGAUGUGUGUACAGGCUCUAAGAAUCUGUUGAUUUUACUUGGAUUGUGUCUAGGGUCGUCAGAUUUUUGUCUCUUUGUGUCAUGUUGUUUAUAUCAGUUCCAUCGCUCUGUUAUUGUCGACAUUUAUUUGCAGGCAGCUAGUUGAUAUGUUUGUGUUUGAUAUUUAUUGUUUUUUUUCAAAUGCAAUUUGUAGAAAAACCAAGCUUGUAAUCACAAACCAAUCACUCUUAUACUGUGCAGUAUAGAGAUCCAAGAAUUGAAGUGGUGGAUCUAAAAUCACUCAUAUUGUUAAUGAUUAGAGAUCUGAGGUUUUGAGUGGUGGAUGCAGAAUCAGGUAUACACUUUUCAGAAUAGAGAUCUGAGGUUUUUUGUGGUGUAUUGAGAGGCAGAAUAUUGAUGAUCCUUGAGAAUUCUUUAAUUCUAUUUGGUGUAAAGGCCAAUUUAAAAAAAAAAAAUUCAGAAUAUGAUGGAAACCUGUCAUGAAGGUAGAAUGUUUUGAAUUUUAUAGAAAUCUAAUUUGUGAUUUUUCUGUAUGAAGUUGUAUUGACUUAUGAUAUUACACAAUGAUCAUAAAUUAUAUAGUAUUAUAUAAUUAGGAUGUUAUAUCAUUCAGUUUAAGGAUCUUAAAUGGUAGUGUUAUCUAUAAAUUUAUUGUAAUAAUGUUAUGUCAUAUUGUGUCCUGAAAAUCCUGAAUUUAUACCACGUUGAUCAGGACAUCAACAUUGUAACAUCGUUCAGUUUAAAGAUCUUAAGCGGUAUACUUAUUUAUACAUUUGGAGGUCCUCGGACAAUGGAUCUGUGCUAUUUAUAUUGUAUCCAUUUCAUUGUGUUCUUUUGUAUGUAAAUAUUAUACUCCUUGACUUCUUAUUGAUUACGAGGCUGAACUUUAACCUCUGAUAUGGGAUGUUUUAGUGGGUAGCAGUGAGAGAAAUGUCCACUAAAGAGAGACAACUCUUUAAAUUUGUUUCUGUGAAGUUUAUGUGUAGAGCAGGCUGCUUUAACUUGUCACUAUGGUAACAUGUCACUAUGGUAGUUUGUCACUAUAGUAACAUGACACUACGGUAACAUUUCACAAUAGUAACAUGUCACUGUAGUAAAAUGUGGCUGUGGUAAUGCAUCACUAUGGUAACAAGUCACUAUGGUGAUGCAUCACUAUGGUAAUAUGUCAGUAUGUUGAGAUGGUUAAUCUUUUAUUUUUAUUAUGGUGCUAUUUAUUGUUACAACAUUAAGAUUUAGUUUUACAGACUUUUGUUUGUUUGUGUAUUUAUUUAUUUAUCUAUUUUUUGUCAAUAAAUGUCAUGUUUUUACAA